AUGAGCACGCCACGUCUUCCAUCGCCUCCACCAUGUAUGGCGUUUAACUCCCGGAUACCCAAUGCGUACGGUUACCACCCGUCACUAGCACCCGGCAUUAUUUUCGUCAUCCUAUUUGCUAUAUCUGCCUCUAUCCAUCUCUACCAAUCCCUCCGCCAAACAAUCUACAACCGCCGUCUCUGGUGGCUCUGUCUCUUCUUCAUCGGCGCCGCCCUCGAAUGUCUCGGCUGGAUCGCCCGCACCGUAACCAACCCGUGUCCCUACUCCCUCGCCCUCUUCAAAAUGCAACUAUCCGUCCUAAUUAGCGCACCAGCCUUCACACAAGCAGGUCUCUACGUCAUCCUCUGGGCCUAUGUCCAGGUCCUGGGCCGCCACACGUCCCUCGUACCGCCGAAGCUCUACCUGGUCACCAUACUGUGCCUCGACGUCAUCUGUCUCUCGCUUCAAGCCAUCGGCGGAGGUCUAGCGGGCGCAGCGUUCAGCAAACGUACUGAUACGCAGCCAGGCACGACGACGAUGGUCGUCGGUAUUGUGACGCAGCUGGUCUCGACGUGCGUCUUCGGCGUGCUGCUUAAUGUUGUCUUCUUUCGCGGGUGGGCGGCGAUCCGGGCGGAGAGGAGGCUUGUGCUGUUGGCGGCGGCGACAAUGGUCAGUGUGGCGUGCAUGAUUGUGAGGGGGGUGUAUCGGAGUAUAGAGCUGUUGCAGGGUUGGAGGGGCGAGCUGAUUACGGACGAGAAGUACGUUGUUGCGUUGGAGGGGAGUAUGAUGUUUAUUGCGGUGGCGGUGUUCAAUAUCUUUAGCCCUGGGGUGCUGCUUGAUGGAACGAGGGCAUGCAUGGCCGUGGUGGGGAGUAGAGUGAUGGAGGAGUCUGAGACCUUGGAAAGCGUGCCGAACGGGAAGAACUCAGAGGUGCCUUAG